AUGAUCUUAAUGGUUACUAUAUUGUUCAUCUCUACUCUUUUUUGGUUAGAUGUUUUUGCAUUACAAAAACCAUCAUUCUAUCAAGGCGCAUCAGGUAUGUGCAAAAGAGCGAUUGAUUUCCUCUUUGAAUUAUAUUCCAUGUAUACAGAGGAGUUAAAUAUUAAACAAAAAGAUCAACUCCAAAACAUCAUCAACGAGAUAAUGGAUAAAAUGUCAUACCAAACGAUGAUUACUUUUCCUUGCUUUAAUGAAAAGGUUACCAAACAAUUUAAAUUCUUUUCAUUUGUUCAACCAGUCCGAAUCCUCUUCGAUAGGUAUUCAAGCACUCGGAGAAUGGCUACCAACAGGUUUGUACAACCAUACAAAGAUAUCUCGGUUGCUUUCGUCACACCGUCCCAAACAACUUGUUUGAAACAAGAUCGUCAUCCAAACCAAAAUCAACCAAUCGCUGGUCGGUCUCUCUAG